GGGAGGGGGGCGACAAGUUUGUGUGAAGUUGUGAAAAGUUGUCAACUAGAAAAAGAAGAGAAACUCCUCCCGUCUUGAACAUUAUGAGCAAUCAGCAGCAGGGUGAAAUGGCCGCGGUAGAGAGCGGCGGAGGCUUCGGUCAAAAGAGAAACUCACAAGACUCUCAGCAGCCAUCUCCACUGGCCUUAUUGGCAGCCACUUGCAGUCGCAUUGACACACCGGGUGAGAACGACUCUCCCGGCGAGCAGCAGCAACAGCAGCUGGACAUGAGUCAAGGUGUCUUCACCUCCAACGCCAAUGGCUGGCAAGUUGUCCCCAUCAGCGUACAGGCAUCGUCGUGCGGCAACACUGUCACCACCGACUCCGUGGGCGUGCAGAGUGGCGGCGAGGGCGGCAAGGGGAGAGGGUUGUUGUCCCCGUCGACCUCGGUGGCCGUGAGCGCUCAGCAGCAGCAGUAUGUCGUCACCCAGGCGCCGGCACUGCAGAGCCCACAGGUGCUCACCGCCAUCCCCGGCGUGAUGCCCAACAUCCAGUAUCAGGUCAUUCCUCAGUUCCAGACGGUCGAUGGUCAGCCGCUGCAGUUUGCCCACAGCCAGCAAGAUUCCGCCAUGACUGCCGCGGCUGGUCCUGGACAGCAGUUCCAGAUCGUGUCCUCUGCCAACGGCCAACAGAUCAUAGCCGCUGCCAACAGAGGAGCCGGGGCGGGGAACAUCAUCGCCAUGCCCGGCCUCAUUCAAGGCCCCAUUCCACUCCAGAAUAUCACCCUGGGCAAUGGUGUGUUGCAAAACCAGCCGCAGUUCCUGGCAAAUAUGCCAGUGUCGCUCAAUGGGAACAUCACGCUGUUGCCCAUCAGCACCGGAGCAAGCGCUACAGCAGCGGACGGCGACGCGAGCGGUAGCCAGCUCGUACAGCAGCCCACAUCUUCCAGUGGCGGCGCGAGUUACAUGACCAGCGUGUCCACCGUCACCACGCCGACCUCCUCCUCGUAUGGCAUGGUGCAGAGCAGUAAUGGAGCCGUGGCGGCGACAUACCAACAGAGCGCUUCUCUGGGUGUCCCCAUACAGCCGGACACCAGAGAGCAGCAGCAACAACAACAACAACAACAACAACAGCAACAGCAGCAGCAGCAGAUCCUCAUCCAGCCCCAGCAGGUCCUUCAAGGGGCGACGCCCCUCCAAACCAUUCAGGCCGGUACCAUCACAGCGGCGGGCGGUCAGGUAUUUGCCACCCCGACUCUUAGCCAGGAAAGCCUCCAGAACCUCCAAAUCAUGCCAAACACCAGCCCCAUCCUGUUACGCACGGUCGGGCCCAACGGCCAGGUCAGCUGGCAGACCCUGCAGAUCCAGAGUCCGGCGGGGACGCAGAUCACGCUGGCCCCGGUGGGCCAGACUCAGGGAGCCCCCGCCGCCGGAGGAGUAUCGGUCAACACCGUCCAGAUCCCCGGACUCCAGACCAUCAAUCUCAACACGCUUGGAGGCUCAGGCCUCCAGAUGCACCAGCUCCAGAGUGUUCCCAUCACCCUCACCAGCACAGCAGGAGAGCAAACGUUGCAGACCGGCACAGAGAGUUUGGAUGACAGCGCGGCUCUCGACGACGAGGACAUCAGCCCACCGUCGCAGGGACGCCGCAACCGCAGAGAGGCCUGCACCUGCCCUUUCUGCAAGGAUGGAGAAGCACGCAGCGACCCAACCAAAAAGAAGCAGCACAUCUGCCACAUGUCAGGAUGCGGCAAGAUCUACGGCAAGACGUCACACCUCAGGGCCCACCUGCGCUGGCACACGGGCGAGCGGCCCUUCGUCUGCAGCUGGGCCUUCUGCGGCAAGCGCUUCACGCGCUCAGACGAACUCCAGCGUCACAAGAGGACACACACGGGUGAGAAAAGGUUUGCCUGUCCAGACUGCCCCAAGCGCUUCAUGCGGAGCGACCACCUCUCCAAACACAUCAAAACACACUUCAACAAGAAAGGGGUGCUCCCCAGCAACACCGGGGCCGCAGCGUCCGAAACCCCUCCCGCCGCCCACUCCCCAGAGGGCGAGGCCUUGUCGGCCGGCGACCAGCACUCCAUCGUCACCAUGGAGACCCUGUCCCCGGAGAGCAUAGCUCGGCUAGCCAGCAGUGGGAUCAACAUGGUGCAGGUGGACCUGAAUCACAUCAACGGCAACUACUAAGAGGCGCACGCCGCAUUCAGGGACCGCAGACACUGAACAAACAGGAUUAUGCAUUUAGAUUUAAAAGUUGGAUUGCCUAUUUGUUUGCAGAAAUCUUCACGCCCCCACGACUUCAAUUAUCUCUGUAAUGGGACUGCAAUAAAAUAACCGAAAUUGUAAGUCGUCUUGCCAUAAUAAUGUCCUAUUAACGUAAUACAACACAAGCCAUUACCAUGUUCAGCAUGAUGGAAAGCACAACUUUAAAAAAACCUUUUAUACAUCAUAAACGUAGCUCAGAAAAUUAUAGCGUAGGGUUCCCCAAACUUUGUCAGCUAGAGACCCUCGGUACUAAAAUGGCAUAAUGCCAACAUAUACUGUACAUAUAUAAACGUUAUGACCCACAUUACCUUGGUUUGGGUAGCCCUACUCAUGUUGCGUAUCAUGACGAAUUCAUGUGAUUUUCUUUUGUUUCUCCCUCGUUUCGUGAAUGCACCACACACCCGAUUGCUAUCGAGACUACAUCCAAUUCAUCCUUAAUCCCUAACGGAGCAUGUCUACCCCCCUCUUGUCCUUUGGGAGAACUGGAUUUUACACGCCAUCCUGACUAUGGUAACAGUGGACUGUUGAGAAUGUCAGCCAUUUGCGCAAGAGUACUAUAAUCUUGAGAGUAACUAUUUAAUGUGUAGGUACAAAGCCAAGCCAAGUGCUGAUUCAUUACAUUUCAUUGCAAGCAAAAAACCCAACAGAUCUGUGUGCGUGUAUAUAUACAAAUAUAUAUUUACUAAAAAAUAUAUAUAUAUUUCCACCAAUCUUAGCCUAGGGCAGGAUGGUCCUUGUUGAUUGUAAGAGGUUGCCUUCUUAGUUGUCCACCUCGUGUACAAUCAUGUUAUGAGUUUUGUUGCUGUAUGUAGAUUGAGCGACUGAUGCAUUUGUAUAUGGUUGUGAUGUUCCAAGAACUUUAUUCCCCCCCCUACACCAGCUGACACUUUGCCUUGUGGAGUUACUUUUAUUUGAUUUGUGGAAUAUUUUUGUUCAAAGCUGUACAGCGCAAAAUGCUCAAACCAAAGGUCCAGGCACAAAUAAGUGAAAACAAGGAGUGGUCAUGUCUUUUUGUUUAAUUGUAAUUGGCUCGAGACCACAGGUUCUCGCUGAAGUUGCUCAGUGUAUUAAAAAGGUCCAUUUUUGAAUGAC